UGCCCGCCUCCGACGAUGUCACUCCUGUCCCCGGGCCGCCCGCAGUGGCUGGGAUGCUCUGGGGUUUCUUCUCCACCCUCAAACUCAGCUUCAUUGCUGGAGCGUGUACCCCCUGAACACAGAAUACAGGCAGACGGCGCUCUCAGCCACGAGCUGCGGGGAGGAGCUGGCGGGCGCCGUGCAGAAACGCCGCGCCCCGGCGCGCUCCCGGCCGGCGCUCACACCUCCGCUCCCGGGGGCGGCGCGCGGCCGGGUGCGCGGGGGCAGGGCGGGGCGGGGCGGAGCGCGCGCUGGAGACCCGCCCCCGCUCCCCUCCCCCUCUGGCGGAGAUUGACGGGGCCUGGGCACGCGUCCCAACCAAUGAGCGCGUCCCGGGGCGGGCCCUGGAACCCGCUGCUCCGGCUACUUAGAGUCUCAGGCUGGGCUGUGGGAAACCAGGAGCGAGUCGGGACUGCCCAGGUGGAGCCGAAGCCCCAGCCAGCGCGGACCCGCAGGCGCACGGGCACCGCGCCAGGCACCGCACCGCACCGCACCGUUCCGCGCGGGGCAGAGUGGAGCCGCAGCCCCCCGCGCCGCCCAGGACCCACUCGCCACUACCGCCUCCGCAGCACCCAUGGGGACCAGGAGACUUUAAAGGAGUUUGGGGUUUCGAGAGCAGGGAAAUCACGGAUCCCAGCUCCUGGCCCUCACCUCGCCGCGUCAUUGAUGGGCAACCAACUGGACCGCAUCACCCACCUCAACUACAGCGAGUUGCCCACAGGGGACCCGUCGGGGAUCGAGAAGGACGAACUACGGGUCGGGGUCGCCUACUUCUUCUCGGAUGAGGAGGAGGACCUGGACGAACGCGGCCAGCCGGACAAAUUUGGCGUGAAGGCCCCCCCGGGCUGCAGUCCCUGCCCAGAGAGCCCCAGCCGCCACCACCACCACCUGCUGCACCAGCUGGUCCUCAACGAAACUCAGUUCUCCGCCUUUCGGGGCCAGGAAUGCAUCUUUUCCAAAGUGAGCGGCGGCCCUCAGGGCGCCGACCUGAGCGUCUACGCGGUCAGCGCGCUGCCCGCGCUCUGCGAGCCCGGCGACCUGCUGGAGCUGCUGUGGCUGCAGCCCGCGCCGGAGCCGCCCGCGCCCGCCCGGCACUGGGCCGUCUACGUGGGCGGUGGGCAGAUCAUCCACCUGCACCAAGGCGAGAUUCGCCAGGACAGCCUGUACGAGGCGGGCGCGGCAAACGUGGGCCGGGUGGUGAAUAGCUGGUACCGCUACCGCCCGCUGGUGGCCGAGCUGGUGGUGCAGAACGCCUGCGGCCACCUGGGCCUCAAGAGCGAGGAGAUCUGCUGGACGAACUCGGAGAGCUUCGCCGCCUGGUGCCGCUUUGGAAAGCGGGAGUUCAAGGCGGGAGGGGAGGUGCCGGCCGGCACGCAGCCCCCGCAGCAGCAGUACUAUCUCAAGGUGCACCUGGCUGAGAACAAGGUGCACACAGCCAGGUUUCACAGCCUAGAAGACCUCAUCCGCGAGAAGCGCCGGAUCGACGCCACCGGCAGCCUGCGAGUGCUCCAGGAGCUCACCGACCUCGUGGACGACAAGGAGUAGUCUCGAGGGGGGCCUCCUGCCCCUCCUGUCUUCCCGCGCCCCGCUCCCUUCCCCGCACCCGGGCUUCCGGCCGGCGACUCACGAGCCCUGUCCUCGUCCGCCACGGGCGGCCGGUGCCCAGGCUGCGCCCUCGCACCCCUCCAGCAAGUGGCAGGAAGUCUCAGGAACUGGCCCCGGGACGGAAAGGGCAGCUGUGCGCGCCUGGCCGAGACUCCCCGUAGUGGUGAUGGUGUUGGGAAGCACAGCGUGCGGUUUUCCCUUUAGUUGUAAGGGGAAAACGGAGAAUAGGCUGAGGGGAGAAGGGACGUGGCCUCCCCCGAGAGUCACCGGUGAGUGACUAUCACCCGAUCUACUAGAAAGGGACCAUCACCUCCCCAAACGCACACAGACAGACCGGUCGGAGGUCAGAAUUGAUCUUUUCAGGGCACAGUUCACCUCCUGUAUGGAUGUGUCCCAAGAUUGCAGGAUUUCCAAGAAAUCCAGCCUGUCCCUGAUGCACUUGUGAAUAAUUCCACAAACAAGCACUUCGGCACUCUGAGUUAUCCCGAGCCUGCCCGGGACUUUUCCAGCUCUCCAGCCCCGAUCUCCUGACAUUGUAUUCCAGGCUCCUGGCUAAGCUAGUUAGUGUUUGCUUCCUAUUCUUUCCAUCGAGGGAAGCGAACGCCACCCCCCACCCGCAUUUGCCUCUGAGCCUCCCUCGCUGGCAGGAGGGAAGCCUUCCCGGUCCCGGGAGGAAAAUGGCGCAGCUACUUUGGCUAGGAGAGCCGGCCCCGCCCCCGGCAAGUAGAAGGUUCGCCCGGUGUCUGGGAACUUGAAUUUGUGGAGAAAGGCGCUUGUUGUUCUUAACCCUAGAUUGCUUCCCUCUUUGGGCUGCAUUUCCGAAAUAGUCCUAUUUUUAAAGGAGUUGGCAGGAGAGGGAGGGGGAAGACAUGGCAACAUUCCAGAAACCAGCAUUAUUAACAACACCAUAGCCAGUAUGUUUAGUUUGGCUCUUCCUAACAUAGAAAUCUUAAAAGGUGGGGGAAGUGGAAAUAAAGUUUUAAAAAUGAGAGAGCAGUUUUCCAACUAUGUCAACAAAGCCUAUCGUGUUGAUGUUUUUAUUGACCAUUUUAGCAACAUGCUAAUAAAAUUUCAAAUUGAAAUUUUUAUUUUCAUGGCUUUAAUCCAUGAUGGUUUAAAUACUGGGGGCCAUUAAGAGUGGAUUUAGCUAAGAGCUUAGCUAACAUUGCCUUUUUGCUCUAUUUUUCUCAAAUCUUAGGAGACUUCUGUUUUUGAAUAUUGUAGUUAAUUUUUUGGCUUGAAAUGGCAGCCCUAGUAAUGGUGGAGUUGUUAAUCAAUGUGUAUAUUGUACUGAAUUUCUGUCAUUUAAUGGGUUUACUGCUUUGGUGGAAAUUGCUAGCAGGUUCCAUGAUGUUUCUUUUCUCCAUGUUGUAUACCAUUACACUCCUCAUUUGCAUUUCUAUUUUUCUGCCUCUCCUCUUGAUCUCUUUAAAAAAGAAUCAAGAGUUGGUGGCUUUCCCCUCCUCUUUAGCCAGUCCCACAACUCUUUCCUGAAAACCAGAAAGGACUUUAGACAAACCCGUGUUUUUGAAAAAAUUAAGGCUGUUUGGAACCCCUUCCCUGGGCAAGGAUUUACCAACUUCUCUCCCUGUGCAGCAGCCCCAACCUGACUGACUGUUACUUGAUUCAGUGUGUGUUAGACACCUACAGCAUCUGUGUCCCCUCCAAGGGAAUUUGUCGAAUAAUGGUGUUUAGCUAAUUGUUGAAGCAAUUGCAUACUGACAGCUGUGAUUUAGUUGGACAGCAAAUAUUAUGGCCAAAGCCAGUUUCUUGGCAUUUCAAAAAUAAUGCAAUAAAAACUAGUCGAGGUUAGCUGAGACUGGAAAUGCCUUUUUCAUGGUAAAUGAUUCAUUUCUGUUUUGUUAUUUUGGUUUUCAUGCUGGAUUCAUUCUCUGAUCUUGAAUCAAAAGGUCGGAUCAAUGAAAUAUGAACUAGAGUAUUUUUCUUAAGCCUAUUGAGUGAUUUAUUUUUUAAAAAAUGUUUAAAUGCAUAUGCUUUUCUUUCAGCACAUACAAUGGCAAAACUUUUGUAAUAACUCACUUACUUUUGCAUGCGUGGAGAACUGAAAGUCAUUUAUUUCCCUAACUUAGUCCUCUUUCAGAUAACGGAUGGCAGGUCAUAAACUGAAAUUCUUGAUUGUAUCUACACACUCCAGAUCCUGCCCUGUGUCCUCCUGCUGUAUCUUGGCUCUCUGCUGUAUUAAACACCAUCCUAAGCACUUGUUCCCACGGGACUCCUUCUUGACGUUUUGUCUUCCACCUGUCACUCAGAGGGUGGGACUUCAGCAAAAGAAAUGAAUCAGUCUAUCAUACCUAAUACUAAGAUUUAUUUCCUCUGAUGGCACAUAAUCUGAUUUUUUUCUUACUAAGAGGGUCACUAUAACAGAGGAAUGGCUUAUCAGCUUUAUACUUGCCAAGACUAGACUGUCAAUAAAAAUACGAGUUUGGCAGCGAAAGUAGCGUUCAUUGCUAUGUUGGCCUAUAAAGGAUUAGGUUGAUGAUAAUACUUCUACAAACUCACAGGAAUAAAACAGUGGUUACAAAGGAAACUUGGAAAGUUUGUAAGGUUUCUUAUAUUCCUGUUGAAAUAAUCAUUUAUUAUCUGUUGAUCAAUGCUAAUAAUAACCAGUGGCAGAAAACUUCUAAUCAUACCUUUAUUCUGAAAAAUGUGUAUAUUUCUAGGGUAUUAUGAACAAUUUGAGUGAAAACCAAGCAGAUGGAUGUUCCCUUUGAAGAUGGCAUGGGCACACCUGAUUUUUAUUAUGAGUGAAUAUAAUAUCUCUGGAUUUUAUCCGAGUUAUAGAAAUUAAGCCAAAAGGCUCUUAGCAUUUUACUAGAGGUCAGGAAUUUAGUUUUGGUUUUAGUAUCCUCAAGAGAAUGGAGUUUCAUAGUAGCUUUCAUGAUAGUGAGUGUGGCUAAGUUGGAGGCUGGUUCUUUCCUCUAUUCCAGAUAGAGGAAAACUACUCUUACUCCUCCAUUCUUGUUCCACUUUCAGAGGGAGAUUCUGAAAAGCAAACUAUUUAAAAAAAAAAAAAAAAAGGGUGAAUAUUUUUACUCCAAGGAGUGCUUCGCUACGCAUUUUGUUGUUUAAAAAACCCCAAAAACUGGGGAGAAAGAAGGCUGGGCAUACAUUAAACAAAAUCAGCCCAGAAACACUGUUAUUCCCAAAGUGUAUUCCUUUAUUAAGAAAAAAAAAUCCUGUGGAAGUUACAUGUAUUGCACUUAUUUGUAAAAGAAAAUUAAAAGUAUAUCAAUGAGCCAAAUAGAUAGAUAUAUCAAGUUCCUCAAUAUUGAAAAAAUUUUAAUCCUUGUCAUGACUGCAUUUUAUUAAAUGAAAGGGUAAUAUAUAUUCGCUUGUAGUUAGAAAACGCUUGUGCCAGAUUAGAACAUCAAAUGCAAUGAUGUUACAUGAUUUUAGUAGAUUUUCAAAAUUUUGAUGAUUUUCUCUCUCUUAGGGUCGUGUUUCUUUGGUAAAUACUUUUGUUUGAAUAAUGAUUUCUUUUUUCAGAAAAGCAUGCUAUUGGUGUUUACAAAAUAUCGAAUUACCUGAAUAAUCAGUAUCCUAACAGCCUUCAAACAUUACCUUAUUGAUUAAUUAUGUUUUGUGUGUGCUUUCAACAUUCCUAAGAAUCCAAUGUCUUAGUCAUCUAAUAAAUGGAGCAGGGUCAACUUUCA